CCGGGAGGCGCGGGGGAGCGGCGCCGGCCCGGCCCCACCAUGCCCGGCUUCGACUACAAGUUCCUGGAGAAGCCGAAGCGGCGGCUGCUGUGCCCGCUGUGCGGCAAGGCCAUGCGGGAGCCCGUGCAGGUCUCCACCUGCGGCCACCGCUUCUGCGACACCUGCCUGCAGGAGUUCCUCAGUGAAGGCGUCUUCAAGUGUCCAGAGGAUCAGCUGCCCCUCGACUACGCCAAGAUCUACCCGGACCCCGAGCUGGAGGCGCAGGUGCUGAGCCUCACCAUCCGCUGCAUCCACAGCGAAGAGGGCUGCCGCUGGAGCGGGCCCAUCAAGCACCUGCAGCCCCAUCUCAGCACGUGCGGCUUCAACGUGAUCCCGUGUCCCAACCGCUGCAGCAUCAAGCUGAGCCGGCGCGACCUGCCCGACCACCUGCAGCACGACUGCCCCAAGCGCCGCGUCAAGUGUGAGUUCUGCGCCAGCGACUUCACCGGCGAGGCCUACGAGAAUCACCAGGGCGUGUGCCCCCAGGAGAGCGUGUACUGCGAGAACAAGUGUGGGGCCCGCAUGAUGCGUCGGCUGCUGUCCCAGCACACGCUGGCCGACUGCCCCAAGCGCACCCAGCCCUGCCCCUACUGCACCAAGCAGUUUGUCUUUGACACCAUCCAGAAUCACCAGUACCAGUGUCCCCGCUACCCCGUGUCCUGCCCCAACCAGUGCGGGACACCCACCAUCGCCAGAGAAGACCUGUCCGGGCACCUGAAGGAGAACUGCAGCACAGCCAUGGUGCUGUGCCCGUUCAAAGACGCUGGCUGCAAACAUCGGUGCCCCAAGCUGGCCAUGAGCCGGCACCUGGACGACAGCACCAAGGUGCAUCUGGGCAUGGUGUGCUCGCUGGUGAGCCGGCAGCGGCAGGAGAUCCAGGAGCUGCGGCAGGAUGUGGAGGAGCUGUCGGUCAGCAGCGACGGGAUCCUGAUCUGGAAGAUCGCAGACUACGCCCGCAAGCUGCAGGACUCCAAAGUGCGUAGCAACUACGAGUUCUUCAGCCCGCCCUUCUACACCCACCGGUACGGCUACAAGCUGCAGGUGUCCGUGUUCCUCAACGGGAACGGCAGCGGGGAAGGCAGCCACCUGUCCGUCUACAUCCGGGUGCUGCCGGGCCAGUACGACAACCUCCUGGAGUGGCCCUUCUCCUACCGCGUCACCUUCUCCCUGCUGGACCAGAGCGACCCCUCGCUGUCCAAGCCCCAGCACAUCACUGAGACCUUCAACCCCGACCCCAACUGGAAGAAUUUCCAGAAGCCGGGGGCCUCCCGCAGCUCCCUGGACGAGAGCACCCUGGGCUUCGGGUACCCCAAGUUCAUCUCGCACGAGGACAUCAAGAAGCGCAACUACGUGCGGGACAACACCGUCUUCAUCAAGGCCUCGGUGGAGAUCCCACCGCGAAUCCUGGCCUGA